AUGGGAGUAGUGUCUAACAAAGCAAAGCUUGUACGUAGUAAGGAAGAGAAAGUAGCAAAGAAAAUUGCGAAAUUAGCCAAGAAACAAGCAAAAGCUGAGGCAACUGAGGUCGUUAAUGUGAAGGAGAAGAAGGAGAAGAAGAGUAAAAAGGGCAAGAAACGUUGUCGUGAUCAAGAUGGAAAGAACGAAACGGAGUUUGUGUGUGAGACCACGGAAGAGAGUGAUGUAGAUGCAUCAUCAUUGAAGAAACUCAAGACUAAGGAGAUCAAGACUACAAACGUAGGUGGGACCGAGAGUCCACCACUUGAGACGUUUGACAUUAGUGACGAAACCAAAAAGAACCUUCAAGCUCGAGGUAUCAAAACGCUCUUUCCUAUUCAGGCCAUGACUUUUGAUAAAAUUAUGGCCGGUAAGGAUCUCAUGGGUCGUGCUAGAACUGGUAUGGGCAAGACACUGGCCUUUGCAUUGCCAGUGAUUGAAAUGCUACUAAAGGACAAGCGACCACGAUCGCGCGGACGUGCACCUCGUGUUGUGUGCAUGGCCCCGACCCGUGAACUGGCCAAACAGGUGGCGUCCGAGUUUGAAUUAACGGGACCGUCCUUAAGCACAGUGUGCAUUUAUGGUGGUGCAUCUUACCAGUCGCAGAACAAUGCAUUCCGCAACGGUGUCGAUAUUUUGGUGGGUACGACGGGUCGUGUGAUUGAUCACAUUGAUCGUGGCAAUCUUCGUCUACACAAUUGCGAGUUCUUAAUCUUGGAUGAAGCUGAUACGAUGCUGGAGAUGGGAUUCCGUGAGGACGUGCAAAAGGUAUUCACUGCCAUGGAACAAGUGCAGAACGAGAGCCCAAGCAGGCGGCAGACACUUUUGUUUUCGGCAACAAUUCCUAAGUGGGUCAAGGAUGUGGCUGACAAGUAUAUGCAGAAGGCAGAGUUUGUGAACUUGGUGAAAGACUCAGACGACCAGGCGUCGACGGAUGUGCAGCACAUUGCGAUUCCGUGUCACUGGCAGGGACGACCGACGCUGCUGGCUAAUUUACUUGGUGUGUACGCUAAAAAAGACUCGCGCACAAUCAUCUUUGCAGAAACAAAGAAGGACUGUAAUGAGCUCGCGGUGCAUCCUGAGAUUAAGACUGACAGCCAGGUCCUGCAUGGAGACAUUGCACAGGAACAGCGUGAAACGACCAUGAAAGCAUUUCGUGAAGGCCGUCUACGUCUGCUAAUUGCGACGGAUGUUGCUGCUCGUGGUCUGGACAUGAACGUCGACCUUGUGAUCAACUCGGAGCCGCCCCGCAAGAUGUCGGGUAUGGCUGACGUCGACACAUACGUUCAUCGUUCCGGUCGUACGGGCCGUGCUGGCAAAAAGGGUGUCUGUAUCACACUGUACACAAACCGCCAGCGUGACCAGCUGAAUCAGAUUGAGCGGAAGAUUGGCAAUAAGUUCAUGAUGAAGGGACCUCCUGAUCAAGAAGACUUGAUCAAAGCAUCAGCUGCCAAGGCGCUAAAGGAGAUUGACAACGUCGAUCCUAUCAUGAUUGAGCUUUUUCAAGAGAAAGCAUGCGAGCUGCUUGAGAGCAUGGAACCUGAAAAGUGCCUGGCGGCUGCGCUGGCUUGCAUCACGGGCCACACUAAGCCACCUCGCCGCACUUCGCUCAUGUCUGGUGUACCUGACUACGUGACCGUUUUGUUCACGAGCUCCAAUUUUAUCCGCGCUAAGGGCUACGUUUGGAACGCUUUGAACCGCGAUAUUCCUGAGAACAUUGCCAACGACAUCAAGCAAUUAACUUUGACGGAGGAUUGCAUGGGUGCUUGCUUUGACCUUCCGGUUGCUGGUCUUGAGCUCUUGGAGAAGCUGAUUGAGGAUGGUGGCAUACUCUGCCCGUACUCUAUUCCAAAGACGCUACCGAAGCUGCAGCAGUCAGCUUACCAAAUGCGUGCGCAGAGCUUUGGUGGAGGCCGUGGUUACGGUCGUGGUUACGGUCGUGGUGACGGUCGUGGUGGCCGUGGCCGUUGGUCCAGUGGACGACGCUCCUAA